GGACAGGGUGGGGGAAGGGGGUACAUAAAGGUCAAACUGCCCAGGAGGGAUCCAGGGAGAGGCUCCUGGGAGGCAGAAGGAACAGGUUUAAGCAAGUGACACAAUGAAGGGCCCUCUGCUGCUGCUCUUUGUCCUCCUGGCGCUGAUGGCUACUUUUGCACGGGCCGAAGCACCCCAAGAGGAGAGCCUGGUGGAGAAGGUGCAGGUCUAUGCCCAGCAAGCUGCCCAGAAGGUGCAGGAACACCUGGCCACCAUCCGGGAGUCGCAGCCUGCUCAGCAGGCCAGGGAAUGGUUGGAGGCCAGCUUCUCACACAUCCAGCAAUACCUCAGUCAGGUGAAGGACAAGCUGACCAGUGUAGUGGAGAAAACAACAGUGUCCUCCAGCGCAUGAGUUGCUGCUUCAACUGCCUGGCUCCGGGUUGAUCUCUCCCAGAAGAGCCAAGAAGGGGUCUCCAUGUGGAGUGUGCAUCUUGACUCCUUUAAUUCCUCCCGCCUUCUCCCCUUUCCUUAACAACGCCUCUUUCUUCUCCCCUCCAAACACCUCCUCCUUAGUGGCACCCGGUUGUUCCAGGUGUGGCGAGAUUCCCCCCAUUAAACUGUACAAACACUC